CUGCACGCGCACUGCUCUGUUAUUGUUCACGUUUCCGGUCAUUCUUCACCUGCCUGCUCACCUGUGAGGACACAUGUCUCAGAUCCACCAUGCGACUCUGGACCAGCAGCACCAGCCGGGCCAGUACAUCCAGAUCUGUACCCGCAGCAGCAGCAUCAUCAGCGGCGGCGGCUCCUGCGAGGCCCCCGCGACGGAGCCGGCGGCACCAGCGCCGUCCUGCCCCGGCCACAGGGGCCGCAACCCCCGCAGGAAGUGGCAGGUGUUCCCGGGAAGGAACCGGUUCUACUGCGGAGGGAGGAUCAUGAUGGCGAGACAGACCGGGGUCUUCUACCUGACCCUGGUCCUGAUCCUGCUCACCAGCGGCCUCUUCUUCACGUUGACUGUCCCUUCCUGGCAUCCAACCUGACCCCGGCCAUCCCGGCGGUCGGCGGCGUCCUCUUCGUCUUCGUGAUGGGGAUGCUGUUCAGGGCGAGCUUCACCGACCCCGGCGUUCUGCCCCGAGCCACGCCGGAUGAGGCCACCGACCUGGAGAGGCAGAUCGACUCGGCCGGCUGCUCCAGGCCGCCUCCUCGGACCAGAGAGGUUCUGAUCAACGGACAAACGGUCAAACUGAAAUACUGUUUCACCUGCAAGAUCUUCAGACCUCCGCGAGCGUCACACUGCAGCCUGUGUGACAACUGUGUCGAGCGCUUCGACCAUCACUGUCCGUGGGUGGGGAACUGCGUCGGACGGAGGAACUACCGCUUCUUCUACCUGUUCAUCCUCUCGCUCUCCUUCCUCACCAUCUUCAUCUUCGCCUUCGUCAUCACGCACGUCAUCCUCAGAUCAAACCGGACCGGCUUCCUGAGCGCACUCAAAGACAGCCCGGCCAGCGUCCUCGAGGUGGUCGUCUGUUUCUUCUCCGUCUGGUCCAUCGUCGGUCUGUCGGGGUUCCACACCUACCUGAUCAGCUCCAACCAGACCACUAACGAGGACAUUAAAGGGUCCUGGUCCACUAAGCGAGGGAAGGAUAACUACAACCCGUACAGCUAUGGGAACAUCCUGACCAACUGCUGCGCUGCUCUGUGUGGACCUCUGCCACCGAGUUUGAUUGACAGGCGAGGUCUGAUCCAGUCCGACACACCGCAGACCGUCUCCCACUCCAACGGGACCAGCAGCAGCUACGCCUCCACUCAGCUCCGCAGUCACAUGUGCGAUCAGGAUCAGUGCAUCCAGAGCACUAAGUUCGUCCUCCAGGCUGCAGCCACCCCGCUGCUGCACAGUGACCCUGUCAUCCUGGCUCCUCUGCCGGGGAAGACCUCCACACUGGGGGGCCCCUGCGCCUACCUGGCCCCCUCCCAGCCCUCGCUUCCCUCCUGCGGGGGAGAUGUCCUGAUGCUGAGGGACGCCACCGCUGACUCCCACUGCCACCACCACCUCCACCAUCACCACCAUCACCACCACCACUUCGUCAGCCCGGAGGAGACGCCGUGCACCACGCCGCAGGGCGCCCUGCCCUGCCCCGCCCACCUACACCUACACCCACACCUACCUGUCCCCACCCCCGCCACCCUGUACGACCCCGUCAGUCAGGACGCUCUGCACGAGGACUCGGUCAGAGGGCUCGUUAAACUCAGCUCCGUCUGAACUUAACGAGUCACGAGACUUCAGUCCUUCACGUCCGCGUCUUCAUCCACGUUCAACAAAAACACCAGAAACUAAAAAUGUCCACUAAAGACAGAACAAGACAGAACAAGACAGAACAAGACAGAACAAGACAGAAGCCCUCUGGAGCUUCAUUCACUGUCGACUUUCUCUGGUUUCAUUUCGUCUUCGUCAGAUUUUAAACUAUCUGUAGUCAUAGAGAUGAUGAUUGAUGAUGAAUCCAGAGGGUUUCAAACAGACGUCAGAAAAAAGACAGUUAAGAUAAUUUUCUAUUUAUAAGAACAAGAAGGUUUUCUCAGCGUUACGUGCAGGACUGAAGCCAGAUGUAGUCCACCUCCUCCACCUCCUCCUCCACCUCCUCCACCACCUCUCUCCUCAUGAUGACACAAACAGAACAUUUGAUCCAGAAUAAGCUACUCCGGUGCCAAACGGACGGUCGGACCGGGACCAAAGUGUUUUCUUAUUUUAGCCAAUGAAGCGUCCGACUGAAGCGACUGUUGACCGAGCUCGCCAACGCGGCGUCAGGUUUCAUUCCAUUCUGUGGACCGGACCGACGGUUUGAUCCGAAGCAGCAUCACUGCCAGAUGUUCAGCAGAGUUCAAAGAGCCGUCUCCUUCAGGACGUCAGCUCGUCUCCGCGAUUCAUUCACAAAGACUUUACGAGUUUACGUGAAAAUGUCUUCAGGUUCAAAUGGAACGUUAACGAACCACACCGAGGUCACGUGACCCCAGCUGAUAAACAGCUUUAAUGAAAUCUGUCAUUUUUAAAGUUUAAAGAAACUUUCACACGAGUUUUAUGUCGUGAAGUGACGACUCAGUCUGCGUUCAAACCCAUGAAACUUUAUUUAAAACACUGAAGUGUCGAUGAUGUUGGAGUUCAGAGACGUCUUUAAAAGUCAAAGAUUUGAAUUCUUAAUUAUCGUGUGUUCGUUUAGUUAAACGCUUCAUCAGUCACUGAAAUCUGAAUUUUUUAAUUUCAUAAAUAAAAUCUGUGACGAUAAUCGACAGUUAACGAUGAAUCAAAUGAAACAAACGUCACAGACUCACUUUAUUAAAAUUGUAUUGACUGUUUUGAAUAAACAAACUUGUAAUGAUCUAGUUUGGUUUUCAUUGGUUGGUCACAUUAAUGAAUGAUCUUAGUAAAUCACGUUAAUGACGCGCUGUUCCUGUCGACCUGAGCGCUGCCUUCUGGGAAUUGUAGGCUUCAAACUACAGCAGCUUCAAAGAGGUGACCUCGUCGUGAUGAUGUAAUGUUUUCUGAUUGGACAGUUGAUGUCUCUAACUGAUUUCAAUAAAAGACUUUUUCAAAGACGUCUGUUUGUUUGAAGAUGUAUGGUCCUCUCAGGUGUCGCAGGUGUUCAUCCAGGCCACCAGGUGGCG